GCCAGCCACUGGCAACCGAGUCCCCGCCCCACUAGCGACGGGCGAAAGGGAGUUAUGCAAAUUCUGGAUGAGAUCAGCUAGAAGCAACUGGCCGUGCAACUUCAGAGCAGGUCUCUCCUUCUCGUCAGUUGUAAGCCAGAGGGGAGCGGGACUCGUUUCUGGUUCAUUAUCGUUGCACAGUUGAUUCCCACGUCGUCUCUGCACCCACACUUACACACACCGGCUUUUCUCCAACUGGAUUUUACCCAGCGAGCUGCAUCGAAGAUCAGAGUGGAUUGCUGUCUCUGGGCUUUGUGGAGGUUUUCUCUUUUUGUCUCUUUCUCCCUCCUGUAAUCUGGUGGAUUUAACGCUGUUGAGUUUGGAGAGGAGAAUCCAGAAAAGGCAUGAAGGCUCCACUAUUGGUGUAACCCGUAGCCCAAAGAGCAUAAUGGGACCCACAGUGCUUUGCUUGCUGCUCUUGGCUUCCGUUGGUGCAUCCGAGUUGGAAGAGCACUUUGAUCCAGCCAAGUGCCGCUAUGCACUGGGCAUGCAAGACCGCACCAUCCCCGAUGAGGCCCUUUCAGCCUCCAGCUCAUGGUCUGAUUCGACCGCUGCGAAACACAGCAGGCUUGCAUUAAAUGAUGGAGAUGGAGCCUGGUGCCCAGCCGGACCUGUCUAUCCUAAUGAUGCUGAGUACCUAGAGAUCGACCUGAGGCGGCUGCACUUCUUAACCUUGGUGGGGACGCAGGGUCGGCAUGCAAGUGGCCAUGGCAAGGAGUUUGCCCGCACCUACCGGCUGCAUUACAGCCGCGAUGGGCACCGUUGGAUGCCCUGGCAUGAUCGGUGGGGCAAUGAGGUGAUUUCAGGUAACGAAAAUACAGAGCAUGUGGUCUUGAAGGAUCUGGGACCGCCAAUCAUUGCCCGUUAUGUCCGCUUCUACCCACGUGCUGAUCGCGUUAUGAGUGUCUGCCUGCGAGUGGAGCUGUAUGGCUGUGUCUGGAGAGAUGGCCUUCAGUCAUAUACAGCCCCUCCAGGCCAGAUCAUGCCUCUAAUCCCAGAACCAGCCUACUUGAACGAUUCCACAUAUGAUGGGCACAGAGUCAGCAAGUUGCACUUUGGGGGUCUAGGUCAGCUGACUGAUGGCGUGGUGGGCCUGGAUGAUUUCACCCAGACCAAGGAGCUGCGUGUCUGGCCAGGAUAUGACUAUGUGGGUUGGGAGAACAGCUCUUUCCCUGGUGGCUUCGUUGAGAUGGAGUUCGAGUUCGACCAACUCAGAGCCUUCACAUAUAUGAAGGUUCACUGCAACAACAUGCAUACGCACGGGGUGAGCGUCUUCCGGCAGGUGGACUGCCUCUUCAAGCGCAGCCUGGCCACAGCCUGGGAGCCCCAGCCAGUCUCCAAGCAACUUGCUGUCGACGUGAGGGAUCCCAGCGCCCGCUCCCUCACUGUGCCCCUGGAAGGGCGGCUUGGCCUCUUUGUCCAGUGCCAUUUCCACUUUGCUGGCGAGUGGAUGCUCUUCAGCGAAAUUGCCUUCCGCUCUGACAUUGUGGAGGACCCCUUUCUCUCCACUUCAACCCGCCGACUCCCAGUAGUGGCCCCUCCAUAUCCCUCAGGCCGUGACACUCCUCUGUCCCCAGCCCUGGGUUCUGAACUGAAUGAGAGAGCUGGUGUCAACUCAAACCUUACACUCCAAGACCCUGAGAAUCAAGGGGAACCGAAAACAGGCCAGCCCAUUGCAAUAGAUGAUAACAGCAACACCUCCAUUCUGAUUGGAUGUCUCGUGGCCAUCAUCCUGCUCCUAUUGGUUGUGAUAUUCCUCAUCCUUUGGCGGCAAUAUUGGCAGAAGAUCUUGGGGAAGGCUCAACGCCGCAUAUCAGACGAUGACCUCACCGUCCACCUCUCUGCACCUAGUGACACCAUCGUCAUCAACAACACCAUGGGUUCUCACCGGCACUCCAACCGCUAUGAGCGCAUCCACUCGGGGGAGACGGAGUACCAGGAGCCCAACAGGGCCCGCAUGAAACUGCCAGACUUGCCCCACAGUGCCGAAAACUCCGCUCUGCUGCUCAGCAACCCGGCUUACCAUCUCUUCCUGGCCACUUAUGCCCAGCCAAUGGGAAGGCCUGUUUUCCCGCCACCCAACUGGGUUAAACCAAUCAACACCAAUGCCUGUGGAGCUGACUACAUGGAACCAGAAUCCAGCGGCAGCCAGCCUGGCUUCCAGAACAAUGUGCCACAUUAUGCUGAAGCAGACAUCAUCAACCUGCAGGGGGUGACCGGCGGGAACACGUAUGCUGUCCCGGCUGUCGCGGUGGACGCCCUCACUGGCAAGGACAUGGCACUGGGCGAGUUUCCUCGGGAGCGUCUCGUCUUCAAGGAGAAGCUGGGGGAGGGGCAGUUUGGAGAGGUUCAUCUGUGUGAGGUGGAGAACCCGCAGGAUCUCCCAAGCUUGGAAUUCCCAUUCAAUGUGCGCAAGGGGCGCCCCCUCUUGGUGGCUGUGAAGAUUCUGCGCUCUGAUGCCACCAAGAAUGCUAGGAAUGACUUCUUGAAGGAGGUGAAGAUCAUGUCUCGCCUGAAGGACCCCAACAUUGUGAGGCUGCUGGGUGUGUGCGUGCAGGAUGACCCCCUGUGCAUGAUCACAGAGUACAUGGAGAACGGGGACCUCAACCAGUUUCUUAGUGGACACGAGCUGGAAGACAAGCUGGGUGGUAGCCCCAGUGGAAAACCAACCAUCAGCUACUCAACCUUGGUCCAUGUGGGGGCCCAAAUUGCCUCAGGAAUGGCCUUCCUUGCCUCCCUCAACUUUGUGCACCGGGACCUGGCGACACGGAACUGCCUGGUGGGCGAAGGGUUCACCAUCAAGAUUGCUGACUUUGGCAUGAGUCGGAACCUGUAUGCCGGGGACUACUAUCGCAUCCAGGGCCGGGCAGUGUUGCCUAUCCGCUGGAUGGCCUGGGAGUGCAUCCUCAUGGGCAAGUUCACCACAGCCAGCGACGUCUGGGCCUUUGGCGUCACACUGUGGGAGGUGCUUAUGUUGUGCCAGGAGCAGCCCUACAGCCAGCUCACAGACGAAGCCGUCAUUGAGAAUGCGGGCGAGUUCUUCCGGCACCAGGGCAAGCAGGUCUAUCUUUCCCGUCCUCCUGCCUGCCCCUUGGCUGUCUAUGAGGUGAUGCUGAGGUGCUGGGCACGAGAGGCCAAAGACCGCCCCUCUUUCCAGCACCUGCACUGCUUCCUGGUGGAGGAUGCCCUCAAUAUGGUGUGAACCAGGCUGCUGCUGGCCAGUGGAGGCUACGCUGAGGAGUUGGGCAGCAUCACAGAGACUGCUGGGGACCUGGAUGUAGCUGAGGAGGGUGUAUCAUGCUCUGGAAUCGUCUCCACUGGGCUGCCUGUCAGGAUCUAUCCAUUCCUGACGCUGCCUUUGUCCACCCAUCACUCUCAUUCUAUCCCCAAAUCCAUCAUAUUCUCUCCCCGCUAUUCCAUACCUGCCAACAUGUCCCUAUUUUCUCAUUCAAGUGAACAGGAAAAUAGGGACAUGUUGGCAGGUAUGCUAUUCAUCUUCAACCUGUUCUUGAGCCUUCCACCCAAUAACCCAGAACUGUCAUACAGCGAUAUCUCUCCAAAACAUUCUCCCCCCUUCUCUGUUUCCUAGCUUAUCUAUUCUCCAAAAUACCUGAUCGGAUCUGUUGAAUCUAUUUUAACCUCAACAAACCAAUGUCCUCUAUACUCACAUUUGACUGUCAGUCCAUUCAUUUAUGUAUAUACACAUACACUUUUUCAUAAACAUACCUCUACAUUCUUCUGAUCUAUAUAUGCUUUAUAUAUUCUGAUACUUUUUAAAUAUAUCCAUUGCAUAAUUUCCCUUCCUUCCUCCAAUCUCUAGGUUCUCAAAGUGUGAGCUGAGCCUCCCUAAGAUGUUACUAAAGGGUAUCUAGGAGCCCCUUCCAGAACCCAUUAUUCCAACGCCAAGUCAAGUAGAAUUGAGUGUUCUGAUUGGUCCAACAGAUGGAAUGCUCAUCCAAUCGUGUCUCUCUAGUCUAUUCAAUACUGGCAGUCACAUGCAUGCUCCGAUGAGAGCUGAUGUAGUACAAUGGCUAAGAACGUGAGCCUCUGUUGAGAUUCCACUUCAGCCAUGAACUCACUUUAGACAAGCCACUGAUUUCUCAGCCUCAACCCUUUAUCUGCAAUAUGGAGAUGAUGAUGAUGGCCUACCUUACAGGUGGUUGUGAGGAUUAUUGAGAUGAUGUAUGCUUUGAACAUUCGGAAGAUGCUAAGAAUACAUAUGCAGGCUGUGACUAAGAACUGUGCAGGCAGUUCUUAGAGAUUAUUCUAUCUGAGACUCCAAAGCCAGAGAUUCUCAAACUGUGGGGCCGUUCCCCUCCUUGUGGAGCGUGAAAGGGGGAAUACUAAGCUCCAGGGAAGAAUAGGAACCUGAAGCAGGUGGAGUACUUCCUCCCUUCACCAGCCAAGGCAUGAGUAGGUUGAACGCCUUCCAGCAGAGAACCCUUGUUGAUGCACAUUGUGUUUGUGGAGAUGUAACUCCUCUCCUGCGUGUUCCAUUAUCCCAACAUGAUAUAGGAAGAGCUGCUACUUUGUUUUAAUGUCAUUUUCCGUGUGUGUGUGUGUGUGUGUGUGUGUGGUGGUGGUGGUGGUGGUGGUCAGAGAUAUCUUCUUCCAACCCUCUGUUGAUUGGCACUGUUGGAUUAAUAUCUAAUCCACAGGUCUUUCCAUACAGCAUUCAAGCUGCAUACACACUCUGCUGUGAUUGGCAGAAUAGGUUUAGAAGGGGGGAGCAAGCUCAGUUUGGGAAACUUUGCUUUAAAACCUAUUGUGGUACUUUCUCCUGCUGAGCUUACCCCACUGGGGUAAAUGUGAUGGCAUGAGCUGAAUAGUUUGUUAGGUCUCCGUGAUAUUUGGGGGUGGGGAAUAUUCACACUAUUCUUUUCCCUUGCUCUGUGGAGGCUCACCAGUUCAACCUUUGAGAACUCUAACUGUUCCAUUCACCCUGUUUAUUCUCUUUCCCCAGAGAGUGUUCUUCUUUCUGCCAUUUCUCCUGAGAAAGUGCAGGAGCUUGAACACACUUUGGGCCUUGGAUAGUCUUCAUAUUGGAGACUGCAUUUCUGCUUUUAAGAUUUCACGACGACUGGAUUAACACUGGCUAAACAAGUAGAACACUCUCAUCUGAGCACACUGGGAUUAACUGAGCACUGGAUGUUUGGAGGCUGGAAAAAGUUAUUUCAAAGGUACUUCACAAACCCAUCGGAGGCUGGAAGAACCCAGUCCUAGCUGCUCUUUAAGGGAAAGGUGGUGGGGAGAGACUUCUAGCUCUUCUCUGUCUUGACAAACGAGAGGGGCAGGAGACUUGACUGGUAAGAUCUCACAUGGCACAGAACGGAUUGGAAGCCCAAUGUGAUCAUGGUACAACCUUAAAAAUAAUCAACAGGACGAGUUUCCCAUCCACUGUAUACUUGCACCUUAAGGGAUGAGCUGCCAUGGGGAUCUGCCCGAUUACUUGUAAAUUCAUUUUCCUUCUCCUGGAGACUUGAGGUGACAAGAUUGUAGAUACUGUACUGUACAAAGUGGCAGGGGAGGGGGUGUAUGUUUCCAAAGCCAGCAAAAGCACUGGGGAAUGAAUCUCUGGAGGUGUUUUUUCCCUGUGAGAUCAUCUGGAAGGCACCCCAAGAAUGUAUCCUGAAAAUCAGCACCACACUCCACAGCUACAAACGUUGCAGCACUGAAAUCUGCACAUACAAGCCUGUACACUGAUCUACGCUGGAUCAGUCUGCACAGGCCUCUCUUAACAGAUAACUAAUGCAAUAAACUUUGCUAAUGCCAAUGCCGUUUGGUGGGGAGCAGGGGGAAAGGUAAAUUAAUUCCAAGUGUUUGGUUUCCUAAGCAAAAUAUAUAUAUAUUGCAUUUCUAUAGACCUAAAGCAGUCCCAUUUUGUCACCCAUCUUUUAAAAUGUAAGGUUUGUUUAAAUGGAUAGCUGUAGAAAGCAGGGAAGUGGGGCAGGGGGAGAAGGGUAAAGGGGGGGGGGAGAAGGGCUGAUGGGAAACCCAACAUGCCAUUCGAACUGUUCUGAAAUAAUCAAGAGUGCUUUAUAGACAGUGCUUUAGCUGUUUGCAGGCACACAUUGGAAAACAAUCAAGACUGAAAUAUAAAUCUACAUUGAGCAAAAUAUUUCAAAAGGUAAUGACAUACAUCCCAGUUCUAUGCAUGUUUACUCAGAAGAAAGUCCCACUAUGUUCAGUGGAGUUUUCUUCCAAGCAAGUGUGCACAGGGUUGUAGCUUCCGUCAUGACUAACUUUGACUUAAUUGGGACAGACUGAUUUUUGGAAUCUUUUCAAGGAUGUGAAAUAAGUCAUUUUAAUUAACUAGAUGUAUAUUUCUAUUUGAAGAUGUUUCAGCGCUAUGUUUCUGUCCAUCAUUGCUUCUCUGUGUCACCAUUGCCUCUCCUCCGCACUGCCUUUUCGAUGUUUCUGUGGGAUACUUGUAGCUCUUUGUUUGUUUGUAUUGUGCAUCAGGAUAUGUACAUAUUUGAAGAGCAGAGAAAAAUAGACAGAUUUUUUACACUAAUAUAUAGAUGUUUGGGGUUUUUUAGUCCUUUCCAUUUAUGUGGUGAAUAAAGCGCUUUGCAUUUUGUACAGUA